GCAGUAGUACGUAUACCUGUGCCUGAAGGGUGAAGGUGUUACCGUAAAGCAGGGUAUAAAGGCGCUGUAGGGUUUCAGAAGUGUGGAGCAGUAGUACGUAUACCUGUGCCUGAAGGGUGAAGCUGUUACCGUAAAGCAGGGUAUAAAGGCGCUGUAGAGUUUCAGAAGUGUGGAGCAGUAAUAUACCUGUUCUCUCUCCUGCACGGCUCUGCUCUGCUCUGCUGAACAUGGGUUCCUCACACUCUGACCUGCGGGAACAUGAGGUCCAGCAUCUCUCUGAGACAACCGGCUUUUCUUCAGAGCAGAUCAGAAACCUGCACAAGAGAUUUAAGAACCUGACCCACAACAGUGACACCUUAAGCCGAGGUGACCUGGAGAAAAUCGGCGAUUUGACUUUCAACCCCAUUAGAAGCCAAAUCAUUGAUGCCUUCUUCGACAAAAGGAACUUCAGACAGGAUGAGGUGGGCACUGUGGAGGAGAUCGGCUUCGAGGAGUUCCUCACCGUCAUGUCGCACUUCAGGCCACUGAACCAGGAGUUGACGCAGGAGGACAAAGAUAAGAUUAGAAAAGAGAAACUCCACUUCCUGUUCAACAUGCACGACAAAGACAACGACGGCAUCAUCACUUUGGACGAGUACAGACAGUGCACGCGAUCGGGUAACACGCCACAGAGGAUCCGACAGAGAAGCCGCCAGGUCGUUCUGAUGAAAUACUUUGUGUGCGCAUUUCGGUCAUUUCUGCACCUCUGUGUCGAUGUUCUGCAGCUGGUAGAAGAGCUGCUGUCCAACUCUGCCAUCGAAGGAGAAACAUCCAAGUCCAUCGCAGACGCUGCUAUGCUCGAGGUCGCGAGCGUCACGAUGGGUCAGAUGGCUCCAGAUGAGGUGUAUGAGGGAAUCACGUUCGAGCAUUUCCUUCAGAUUCUGAAGGGCGUGGAGAUCGAGUCGAGGAUGUACAUCCGCUUUCUGUACGUGGACACGACGACGAUGAGAUGCGGAAAGUAGACCGUCCGCAGCUCUGUACUAGUUUGACCUUUCGACUUCUUCUCAAAGCAUCUCCAAACCUUCCAGUAGUGCUGCUGCGUGCGCGAGUGCGUGAGUGAGUGAGUGACACCUGAACGGGUUGAACAGCAUGUGUGGCAUUUCUGUGAGCGUAUUUUUAAACUGACGUGCUGUAUGUGUGGCAUGCGUGUAGGUGUUGACUGAAGGACUAGCGCUCGGCUGAAAGGGGAGAUUGUUUUGGGAUAAUUUCUUAAUCCCUUUGGCCUUAUCUAUUUCGGGUGCCUUUGAGCAGAGGUUAAAUACUGCACCCAGAUAACGCUUAUUAACCGUAUUAGCAACACACACACGCAUAUUCUGCACUUAUACAGUAGCAUGGUCCAGUUUUAAGAUUCCAUUUCCACUGUCAAAACCUGUUCGGUGUUUGACGUUUGCUUUUUUUUUUUUUUUUUUUUUUUUUUUUUUACAGUA